AUGGCAAGCAGUAAUUCAGUGAUCAUCUUCGGUGCUAGCGGCAACGUAGGCCAGUACGUCGUACCCGCCUUGCUUAAAACCGGCGUUGAGGUCACCGUCGUCACACGCAAGGGCUCAAAGACUGCGCUCUCAUAUGGGAAUGCCACUGUAGCCACAACAGACUAUAGCUCCCAGUCGGAACUCGUUUCCAUCAUCCAUGGUCACGCCUCAGUAAUCUCGUUCCUCAGCGCCGGGGCACUACCACUGCAAAAAAACCUCAUCGAUGCCGCCAUCGAGGCAGGAGCCACCUUCUUCAUCCCCAGCGAAUUUGGCCAUGACACCACGAACGAGGAUGUGACGUCGUUACUACCCAUCCUUAGUGUCAAAUCCGGGAUCAUCACGUACUUGCAGGAGAGAGAGAAAGAUGGGCUGAGCUGGACAGGCAUUAUUACUGCGCUGUUCUUUGACUGGGGCCUGCCUCAAGGCAACUUCGGCGUCGACUUGAAAACGGGCAAGGCGACUAUCUGGGAUGGCGGUGACAUCUCCUUCUCAGCAGCCAACAUGGACGACAUCUUGGCCUCUAUCGUAACACUCAUCAUCGAUCCGUCCGCGCGCGAGCGCUACAAGAACCAGCACGUCUACGUCUCGUCCGUGCAGACGACACAGAAUGAGAUCCUGGCCGCGGCCGAGGACGUUAUGGCCAAGAAAUUCGAGGUGACCCAGUUUGACUCAGAGGAGGCUUUCGCGUACACAAAGAAGCCGCUGCCUAUGGCCUACUCACCCCAGCUCCUGGCCGUUCUUGCGGCAUUACAGCUGUCGAAGCGCAGGCUGAGCGAUUACCAGGCUCGGGUUAACGCUGGGCACAACCGGUUCAUUAUCAACGCGAAGAGGGAUGUGAGGGAUGUCUUGAAAGCUGUACUGGAAGAAAUAAAGCAUUAA